CCCGCCCGCCGGCUCCGCGGGAAGCGGCGGCGGGGACAGCCUCCGGCCGCGGGCUGGGAAGGAAGUGGGGUUCGGCCGCUUUCCCGCUCGGAACCUGACGGAUCUCAGCUCCGCGGGUGGGAGCGCGUGCCCGGGCGCUCCCCGCCAUGGCGCGGUGGCCGCUGGCGGUGCUGGCGCUGCUCCUCUGCCUGCUGCGGCCGGGCAGCGUCGCCCUCACGGCGCCCGCGGGCACCCGGCUGCGGGAGCGGGGCGGCGGCGGCCGGGAGCGAGAGGGAGCGGCGGCGGCUCUGCGGGAAAGUGCUAAAAGAAUUAGAUUAUUGAAUUCAUUAUCAAAAGAUAAUACGACUGCUAUCUAUGGAAUAAAUCAGUUUUCUCACCUGUUUCCUGAAGAGUUCAAAGCCAUUUACUUGAGAAGCAUACCUCACAAAGUUCCCAGAUACAUAAAAGUGCCAAAGGGGGAGGAAAAGCCUCUGCCAAAGAAGUUUGACUGGAGGGACAAGAAAGUCAUUGCAGGAGUGAGAAAUCAGCAGACAUGUGGAGGCUGCUGGGCUUUCAGCGUGGUGGGUGGCAUAGAGUCUGCCUAUGCAAUUAAAAGAAGCACCCUGGAAGAGCUCAGUGUGCAGCAAGUUAUUGACUGCUCAUACAAUAACUACGGCUGCAGCGGGGGAUCCACUGUUAGCGCUCUGAGCUGGCUGAACCAGACCAAAGUAAAACUCGUGAGAGAUUCAGAAUACACUUUCAAAGCUCAGACAGGACUGUGCCAUUAUUUUGAGCGCUCAGAUUUUGGAGUUUCAAUAACAGGAUUUGCUGCAUAUGACUUCAGUGGUCAAGAAGAGGAAAUGAUGAAGAUGCUUGUCAGCUGGGGCCCUUUGGCAGUGACAGUCGAUGCCAUUAGCUGGCAGGAUUAUCUCGGUGGAAUCAUACAAUAUCACUGCUCCAGUGGAAGAGCAAAUCAUGCUGUUCUUAUCACUGGUUUUGACAGAACAGGUAGCAUUCCUUACUGGAUUGUACAGAACUCUUGGGGGCCGACAUGGGGAAUAGAUGGAUACGUUCGUGUUAAGAUGGGCAGCAAUGUCUGUGGUAUUGCAGAUACAGUUUCAGCAGUAUUUGUUUGACAUUCCUCUGGGCCUCCACAACUGGUCAAAGACCACAAGUAUCAUGAGGACAGACACUGUGUAUGAAGAUGGAAUUCAAAACACCAUUUUCAAACAAAAGAAAUGGCUGUAAGGGCAAUUCCAGCAACUUCUGGCUGAAGUUUUUAAAUUUUUUUUAAUUUGUGUUGAAUGCCAAAUUUCUCAUGGAUUAAGAAGACUCAUCUGCAGAGUGCAUAAAUAGAGGCUACACAGAUGGACUGAAGCCUCAAAUGUAAGGUGUUGGAUACUACGCCAUAGAAAAAUCUUAAAAGGAAAUAAAUUAUGACAAAUAAAAAAAAGGAAUUUGAAUCAAAAAAUCAGUACCGUAAGAGUAUAUUUGAAAUCAUUUAAGCAUAAGAAGAAUCAUGAGUGACAGUUUAGAAAGUCAGCAAUUAUAGAAUAUAUCCAGUAGAGUCAGUGUUAAAUUUCCCUCAUGAAUUGAAUUCAGAGGUGGGACUUGCUGGUAAUAAAAAGGUGUUCCAGCUUUGCUUAGCUGUGAAAUUGCAGCUGUGGGCAAAUGUAACUAGAACUCAACAAUGAAACAUGUAAUUCUAAAAUGUUCUGAGUUUUUCACCUCAAAUGCUUUACCUGUAUCUUUUACAAAGGCCUACUAUGAAAAGUAUUGAAGCAGUUCUGUAAUUUUUGCACUCAAUUACUGUAACAUGUUUUUAGAUUCAUUUUUUUAUAACUUUUACAACAAAUGCAAUAAGUAUUUAUAAUUGUCUAUUGUUAAGUGUUGCUGUUUAUUCCUUCUAAUUUUGAUUCCUUUUAGUUCCUUCUAGUUUUAAUUCCUUCUAAUUUUUUCAUAUUUUAAAUGAAAGGAAGACCAAGUGUGAUGUUUCUUUACUUCAAGUUUUGCUACUUACUGAAUUUACUUGGCUGAAAACUUCAGUUUUAAAAAAUGUGAAGUCUUGUGUACUCUUGAGUGUUGUGUAGUCUGGCCUUCCCUGAGUGGCUUACAAACAACAGAUACCACAUUUCCAUAACUGGAAAACAAAGUCCCUAAUGGGCAUGGAUAGGAGUAAAAUAGUCAUAGCAAUAUGAAACACAGACGUGCCUCCAGUGUUUUUGAGGUGCUACUGCCAGGUAUUAGUACUUGAAGUGCUGUGGUAGAGGGAACUUACCAGAAAUUCCAGCCUACAGUGUUUGUGUCUUUCCAAAGGAAGCACUUAAAAAGACAAAAGUCCAUUUAAUGAGAAGAUGACACUGCUUUAUCGAUAUUCUAUAGCCAAAGUUGCCUUUUAUUGUAUACCAAUAUGAAUAAAAAUCACUUUAAAUACC